AUGGGAGGAAAAAUUAUUAGCGAAGAGCUAUAGUAGUAAAUUAUUAAUGGUGGUUUUUUAGAAUGCAAAGACUUUCAUGAAGGAACCUGCCUCUAAGAAGCAUUACUUAGAUUUGUAACUGUCAUCAAGAAUUCAUAUAAAUAUUAUAUUCCUAUUCAUUUGAUUCCUUUGCUCAUAUUUAAACGCAAGAAAUUAAUCAAGGAACCUAUUGCCACUAUUAGACAUGCUUUGUAUAACUAUAUAAAAUCUUUAUGUUUUAUGGGAAGUUAUGUAGCUGUGUUAAAAUACUUCUUAUGCAAGACUAAAAACUGGAGAAGACGUAUUGAUGGAUGGAACCCUGCUAUUUCAGCAUUUAUAGCUGGUUUCUCAGUAACAUUGGAACCUGAAAACAGAAGAUCUGAAAUUGCCCUUUUCAUUAUGCCUCGUUUCUUCGAAACUCUUUGGAACUGGUUAAAGAGAAGAAGAUUAGUUGCCCCUAUCCCUGGUGGUGAACUUUUAGUAUUUGCCUUUGCUAUGGGAAUUAUUAAUUAUUUCUAUCAAAUGGAGGAAAACGCUAUUAAGCCUACUUAUUUAGCCUUAUUCAAAAGAUUCUGGGGAGUUAAUUGA